AUGAUUUGCCCUCGCGCGUGCGCGUUGCUCUCGGCCACCAAGGCCACGACGAUAGCAAAACCGACUGCACCAGCUCGACGUCGCCGCUGCAUCUCGACGACGGCCCGGGAUGGGACUAGUGACGACGCGCCGUCGAGUCGCCAGACGGCAAGGGCCCGCGGUUCGCGGGAGACGGCGGCCGACUGCGAGGAGGCAAGGCCGCUUCUCGACUCACUCAGCGAGCCCAAUGCCUCCCUCAAGGCCGCCUUUGCACCAACCAGCCUGCGAAGCCCGGACGCGGCGACGGCGAGGAAGCGAGACUCCCGCGUCAUGCUCAUCCUGCACGGCCUCAGCCCCAACCUCAACGCCAGCGACUUUUACCGACUCGCCCCCAACGACCUCUCCGACUGGCGGAGCGUCAUCAAGCAGGGCAUGCCUCCCCUCCCGACCGUUCAGCAGCAGCGUAACCCGUCGACGCUCGAACCCCUCGGUCGAUACCACGUCUCCUUCUCCACCGCCCAGGCGGCCAUCUCGUACCGUGACCGCCUCGUCCGUCUGCACCGGCUGGCGCGCCACAAGCUGAGCGCCCCCAACGACCUUUGGGAGAGCUCCAUCCCCGCCCAUCUAAAGUCCAGCGCGGGCGCAGACCCGGCCGCCGAGCUCGAGGCCUUUACGCUCGUCCCGGCGUCGCAGCCGACGGUCGACGUCGAUCGCAAACGCGUGUCGACGAGGAACGCGUGGGCCAAGGGCCUGGCCGACCGAGUUGGCGGCCUCGGCUACGGCGACAAGCCGCCGGUUGUGCUGCUGGACGUGUACCCGCCUACGCUCUCGGCCGAUGACUUGUCCCGCUUCAUCCGCGAGGAUGGCAUCGAGCGGGAUUGCGAAUGGGAGCUCAGUCCACCGCAGCAUCUGGCAAGUCCAGGCAUUCACGGCCGUCCGGAGGAAGGGUGCGGUGCCGGGUCAGGGUUCGGAUCCGUCACCAAGGAUGUACCGUCGUCUUCCGAGUACAGGGACUUUGACACGAUGGAGAAGCGCAGGAGCCGGUUCGUCGUCGCCUGCGCGACCGAGGAGGAGGCCCGGCGCUUCCACCGGCACUGGAACGAGCGAGAACUCAUCAUCGAAGGCGGCGACGAGGACCGUCGCGGGGUGGCAAAAUGCAUAGUCCAUGCGUCAAUAAUAAACUGGUAG